AUGGCGGACCACCCUGAUUCAAAUGAGGCAAUGAUGCUCGCCAUCCUUCCAAUUCUCUUCCUGAUCUCUUCUCUGCAAGCCAGCCUCCUGCCAGGAGAAAAGGCCACGCCAAAGAAGGAGACUCGGAGGGGUUCUUGCAUACGAUGCUGUGACUCUUCAGAGCAGCCCGUUUCAAUCACUUCUUCCCGAUACAUCCGCAUGACGAGCGACUCUGCCUACUCGCUCCCCAAAGUCCGCCCCACGAUAGACAUCACGAUCUUGAAAGGUGAAAAAGGUGAAACGGGAUCCACAGGGCUAUCUGGGCCCGAGGGCAAAGAGGGACAGCCAGGCCUACAGGGUUCAAACGGCCGGAAAGGGCAGAAGGGUCAGCUCGGCCUCCCAGGCAACUCUUGCAAGCAGUAUUACGUGGCCUUUUCGGUGGGCCGUCGCAAGCCCCUCCACAGCUCCGACUACUACCAGCACGUCACGUUUGACAUGGAGUUCGUCAAUCUCUAUAAGCACUUCAACAUGUUCACAGGGAAGUUCUUCUGCUACGUGGCCGGGAUCUACUUCUUCAGCCUCAACGUCCACACCUGGAACUACAAGGAGACGUACCUCCACAUCAUGAGGAACAACACGGAGGCCGCCAUCUUGUAUGCCCAACCCAGCGAGCGGAGCAUCAUGCAGAGCCAAAGCCUUAUGCUGGACCUCCUGGAAGGGGACGAGGUCUGGGUGCGAAUGUUCAAGAGGGAGAGGGAGAACGCCAUCUAUAGCGAAGAGUCGGAUAUCUACAUCAUCUUCAAUGGACAUUUAAUUAAGCCAGCCAUAGAAUGAACGGCUUCCAGAUAAAGGCCAUGUUCACGAAGGAACGUCUUCCAGAUGUCGCAUAUC